ACUCAAUGCACAUGCUAUAUUAUGGCGCCAUGACAAGUGCGUGGGUGUAACAUACACGUGGUUCUCCUAUGACUAUUGUUAGUGUUAUCAGGCGAGGAUUUCUUUAUUGCUGCAGGUCACAAUCCUCAUUGUUCUUUCAAAUUCAUUGCAAGGUCCCAAGACGGUCAGUAGUGAAACAAUACAGCAUUAUGGCAAGCAGCAACAAAGACUCUCUCCCCGACAGCUUCUCUCGCAGACAGAGCCCUGAGUGUUUCCUGUUCACAUCAGAGAGCGUAGGGGAGGGCCAUCCAGAUAAGAUUUGCGAUCAAGUUUCAGACGCUAUUCUUGAUGCCUGCUUAAAAGAAGACCCGUACAGCAAAGUUGCAUGUGAAACUGCCACUAAAACUGGCAUGGUCAUUGUCUUUGGUGAAAUAACGAGCCGAGCAAUUGUGGACUACCAGUCACUUGUUAGAGAAACCAUCAAGCAAAUUGGAUACGAUGACUCAAGGAAAGGUUUUGAUUACAAGACUUGUAACGUUUUAACGGCUAUAGAGAAGCAGAGUCCUAACAUUGCCCAGGGAGUACACGAGGGAAGGAAAGAUGAAGACAUUGGAGCAGGAGAUCAGGGUUUGAUGUAUGGUUAUGCAACCGAUGAGACUCCUGAGUGUAUGCCACUAACAAUAAUGUUAGCUCAUCAAAUGAACAGGAAAAUGGCAGAAAGCCGCAGAGAUGGCUCACUACCUUGGAUAAGACCUGACUCAAAGACACAAGUCACAGUUGAGUACAAGAACGUCGAUGGCGCUUGCAUUCCACAGCGUGUGCAUACUAUUGUGAUCAGUGUUCAACAUUCGGAAGACAUUACACUUGAAGAUCAGAAAACUCAACUAAGAGAACACAUCAUCAAUAAAGUGAUCCCAGCCAAGUAUCUUGAUGAAAAUACAGUAUACCACAUCCAGCCAUCUGGCCAGUUUAUUAUUGGUGGACCACAGGGAGAUGCUGGUCUGACUGGUCGUAAGAUUAUUGUUGAUACAUACGGUGGCUGGGGAGCUCAUGGAGGUGGUGCAUUUUCUGGUAAGGAUCCUUCUAAAGUUGAUCGCUCGGCUGCUUAUGCUGCCAGGUGGAUAGCGAAAUCACUUGUUGCCGCUGGCCUAGCAAAACGUGUCCUGAUUCAAAUUUCUUAUGCCAUUGGAGUUGCUGAGCCAUUAUCAAUAUACAUGGAUACAUAUGGAACUGCAACGAAAAGCAACAACGAAUUGCUGGAUAUAGUGAAUAAGAAUUUUGAUCUUCGCCCAGGAAUGAUAAUAAAGGAAUUGGACCUUCGAAAACCAAUAUACCAGAAGACUGCUGCUUAUGGGCAUUUUGGACGUGAAGAGUUCUCAUGGGAGAAACCCAAGAAGCUUCAAUUUUAAACGUGCUAUCUAUGAUGACUAUUAGACACAAAACUAUUAGCUUAUAAUUAUUUAUUGAUUUAUUAUUGGGUGUAUUGCUGUGGUAAUGGUGUAGCAGUUGUUAUAUUUAAUCAAAUUGUUAUCAUAA